AUGAACUGUGGGAUCUGCAUCUUAGGGGACAUCAAUGUCAAUAGUCUUGUGCAAACAAAAGAAAGCUCUGCUGUUGGUGAGUUACUUGCCUCAUUCAACAUUUCAAGAGUUUCUUUGCCUCCAACAAGAGUAACUCCAACAUCUGCUACCUCAAUCGAUAUGGUAUGCACAGACCUCGAUGAAGACAAAAUUGAUGUAAAAGUAUUACAAACAUAUCUUUCAGACCAUACUGGCCAAAUCUGUGAUUUAGACAUAUCGUGUGAAACAAGAAAACCUCAGAUGGCACUGACAAGACAUUUUGGACAAGAACACCUGUUGAACCUUAAAAGACUCCUUGAUUUACAAUCCUCGGAAAAAGUUUAUUCAGCACCUGACCCAGAGGAAGCCUACUCUACUUUUAUUGGCAUUUUCACAACUGCACUUGAUGUCGCCUGUCCACUGAAGAAAACCCGAAACAAGAAAAGGAAACACAACAACUGCGUGGUUAGCAAUCCAGAGGCGGAUAACUUAAGAUCUAUUUUCACUAUAGCCCACAACAAAUAUUUGCUAACUGGAAAAGUAGAGGAUAAAUUUGAUGCAUUUCAAAAGAAAAAGGCAUAUGAUCUUAAGUUAAAAAACCUCAGGAAACAAGCAAAUGAAGAGGCUAUUGCCCAAUCAGAUAACAAAAGCAGGACGAUCUGGAAUAUAAUCAACAGUGAAAGGGCAUCAAAAAGACAUGUCUCAGAUGUAAUGUGGCAGUUAAACGUUGCAGAUGAGACCAUUGAGGAUCUGGGAAAAAUUGCAGAAUAUUUUAAUAAGCAUUUCAUAAAUGCUGCAGAGAUGACCCUGUCCAACAACAUCCCGAUAAGAGCCCCUGCCGCCCAUAAACCUAAAUUCCAUGCAGCAACAACAUUAUUCGAAUAUCAACCUUCAACAAUAGAAGAAAUACUUAAAAUAAUUGCAUCACUCAAAUCAAAAACAUCUAGUGGGAUUGAUGGGAUAAGUUCUAAAGUACUGAAGUUCUGUAGAAGUGAAAUCAGUCAACCUCUCGUCAAUAUUAUCAACAAGUCGCUGACUCGAGGUGUCUUCCCAACAGAAUUAAAAAUUUCAAAAAUCUAUCCUUUACACAAGCAAGGAAGUAGAAAGGAAUUAAAGAACUUCAGGCCCAUUUCCCUAGUUCCAACAAUAUCGAAAAUAAUUGAAAAGGUAGUGCUUUCACGUCUCCUGCAACACCUUGAAACAAACAACCUCCUACCUCCAAGGCAACAUGGCUUCAUCUCAGGAAGAUCAACUACGAGUGCCCUUAUUGAUCUAAUUGAACAUCUUAUGGACAACCUGGAAGAUGGGAAUACGGCUGCUGGUGUUUUCUUGGACCUGAGCAAGGCUUUUGAUAGCCUUGACCAUGCAGUGCUUCUGUCCAAGAUCAAUUCCCUAGGUAUCGUAGGAACACCACUCAGGAGAGGGGUUCCACAGGGGUCAGUGUUGGGACCUGUGUUAUUUGUACUUUUCACUGGUGACCUGCCUGACUACUUGGGGAACCACUGUUACCCUGUCUCUUAUGCAGACGACACAGUUUUAAUAAGCAACAGCAAGUCAGUUCCAGGACUAGAAAUGAACACCAUAACAUCUGUAAAUAUGGCUCAGGAAUACUGCCUUAGGAACGAUUUAAUUUUCAACGCAUCAAAAACAAAAUGCCUUACUUUUGGUAAAAAUAAGGAUGAAGUUCAUGCUCCACCCAACCUUGAAAGAGUAAGAACCACAAAACACCUUGGGGUAGUGAUCGAUGACCGGUUGACUUGGAACUGCCACAUAGACGGCUUAUGCAAAAAACUCAGCUCAGCACUCUUUGUGCUAAAGAGGAUAAAAUCAAUUGGUACACCUACUGCAACAAGAACCGCAUACCAUGCUCUGUUUGAGACCCACAUUCGUUAUGGUAUAGUACUGUGGGGUGGAUCAUCUGCAGGGAAUCUCCAGCGAGUGUUGGUUUUACAGAAGCGUGCAAUACGAAUCAUGGCUGAUCUAGACUUUCGAGAUAGCUGCAAAGAGGCUUUCAAGACCUUGGGAAUUCCUACAGUGAUAACUCUGUACAUUACUGAAGUGAUUCUACACGCCUACACACAACGUCCCGAGAGGAAUGGUGACAUCCAUGAUUACAACACAAGGCGGGCCAAUGACUUCAGUCUUCCCUUACAUCACUCAGCUCUUUUUGCCAAGAAGCCGUCUUAUGCUGGAGCGAAGCUUUAUAAUAUGCUUCCGAAGAACUUCAAAACCAGCACUCCGCAGGUUCUGAAGAAAAGACUUAUUAAGUGGCUUGUUGGAAGUCUUGGGAAAAAAGAAGGCUUUCUUUCCGUGCCAGAAGUGCAGACAGGCUUGCCAACAUGGCUCGGCAAAUGGGGUGUACAGAUGCCGAGACAAAGCGAGCAGUCUGUUAACUUUAACUGA